CUUCCCAUUCUUCUACCUCUUCUUCUUCUUCUUCUGCUUAAAGACUCUUUCCAAUGUCAAUCAAAACCCUAAAGCUAAACUGAACUCUUUACCUUGUACGAGUUUUGAACUUGAACAUAUUAACUCCAACUCAGUUGCAGUAGCUUAGUUCCUAAUAUAUCAAUCAAACAUGAUCCUCAAAAACUAACCAAACACAACCAACGGAACAAAGAUUGAAGCUUCAGAAAUGAUUGAUGGUAGUGAUCAUGAUCUCCUCUGCACCCGCGUCGCACCCAAUCACUCCCCCCUCCUCCUCCUCCACUCCCUCCGCCGCCAUUAGAUCACCUACAACCUCCGCCGCCGCCGCCACCCCAGCACACUCUCAGCUCCCCUCGCCUCUCUCCCGCCUCCCCCUCCCGCCGCCGCCGCCUCUCGACCAUGUACUGCCGAUCGGCGACGCCCAGCUGGCCCGGGUUCGGAUCUCGGAUAUUGCUCCGUACGACGGAGCCCCGACCGGGACGUAUGUGAGGGCGGUGGAGGCGCUGUCGGGGUCGCUGAUGAGGCACAACGCCGCCGUCAUCGAAUUGGGAGCCGACGACGCUGCGCUGUUGCGCUGCGGCUUGGAAGCUUCCAGAUUGUAUUUCCGGAGCAGAGCUCAGCUCGGCGCCGGCAAGGGUAGCCGUGGAGUUUACAUGUACAGGGCCGGAAGGGCUUUGGAAGAUUGGGACUCAUCACCGCCGUGCAUGGCUGAUGUUUUCAGGUGCAUGGGGAAGGCUGCGCGUGUGGUUUUGUCUGCAAUAGCAAGGCAUCUUCGUUUGCGCAGCGAUGUUUUUAGCCAUUUGCUUGAUGAUACUCCCUUGCCGGCUAAUGAGGUGUCCUCAUCAGUGCUUUUGGCAGCCUACUCGAAUGCGUCGUUGCAAAAUGGGAAGGGUGCUAUUGGGGGAGGGAAGCCAGGAUUAAAUGGGGAAGUGGAGAAGGGAUUGUUGACGUUGAUUUCCUCGGACAGUCCUGGUAUACAGGUGUGUGACCCCAAUGGUCGUUGGUACCUGGCAGACAGUGGGUCAGCUCCUGGGGAUCUUUUACUACUUACAGGCAAGGCACUCAGCCAUGCUACUGCUGGCCUUCGCCCUGCUUCAUCCUAUAAAGCUGCUCCUGAUUAUUCCUCUGGCGUUAAUAGUGGUGGGAGGACUUCACUUGCAUUUAGGCUCAUGCCACAAGGUAAUGCUAUAUUAGAUUGUUCUCCCAUUGCAGCAGCUGGCCAUGUCAUUCCCCAGAGUUAUGUCCCGAUAUCUGUAAGCCAGUUUAUGGACGAUCUUUCUGCCGAGGAAGAUGUUUUGUGCAACCACUCUGAUAGUGCUUUUGUACCUCAAAUCAAUUUAAAUAAGGAUCCAUCUUUAAGAAGUGUUCUGUCAGACCCCCUAUCUGGUGCAUUCCUUGAAGAUGCCAUGGUAGUUUCCUGCGGGCAUUCGUUUGGUGGUCUCAUGUUGAGAAGAGUCAUUGAAUCCUCAAGAUGUACCCUUUGCAAUGCAGAAAUUGAGACCAGGUCUUUGGUUCCUAAUCUUGCUCUUAGAGCUGCAGCUGCAGCAGUGAAGCUUGCAGAUGAUCGAAGGCUAUUUCAUAAUGCUACCAUCCGAAAGCGUCGGAAAGAGUUGGGUGACCAAGUGGAUCCAUCUCGAAGACCGAAUAGGGAAAAUGGAGAUGUUGGUGAUGACGGGAUUAAUCGUGGGGUGCAGUAUCCGUUUUCAGUGAAUGAAAAAGUUAUGAUUAAGGGGAACCGAAGGACUCCUGAAAAAUUUGUUGGCAAGGAAGCAAUCAUCACAUCCCAAUGUCUGAAUGGCUGGUACUUGCUUAAGAUUAUUGGGACUGGAGAAAAUGUGCGGUUGCAAUACCGUUCGCUGAGGAAGAUGUAGAGCUAGAAGUCUAGAACACACCCGUCAUUGAUGAAAUUGCUCUUUGAGAACCCAUUCAGAACAGCUACUGAUGAGAUUAUUAAAAUUAAAUUUUGUUUUACAUGAGCCUCAAAAGUUCAUAACCGGAAAUGAUCACCGCGUCUGGUGAAAAAAUAUAUGUAACGAAAUACAGUCUUUGUUGUAACGUAAUGCAUUCGAAUCUUAUUUAACCAGAAGAGAGGUAGUAUCUUAGGAUCCUAGAGUUUUUGUUGUUGACGCAUGCUUAGUAAUUGAAAACUGUUAGGUAGUUUUGGAUUUUUUAGAGCUGUAAACCGCUAUUUAUGAACUAGUCUUUCAAAAUCUAAUCAUCAUCAAUAGCAAUUAUAUCUUGUUUUGAUUU